AUUAAAUUUCUUUUAUUUCUCAGAAUUCAAAUAGUCUCACACACCGCCAAAAUCGCUCUAGUCACGAGUUUGAAACUCGGAAAAACUGACUUGCCAUAUAUUUCUUAGCCCACUAAACAUAUAAAUGGAGAACCCUAUUCACUAUAAACUCCUUGUAGCAGAGUGUGGUUUUUCCGUUUAGGGCAGAAGCAUCUUUACCGCUCACACCACAACUCCUCUCAUCGCCAGAACCGUUUCAAUUCUUCGUCACUCCUUCAAUGGCGCUGCAUCUUCUCUAACAAGGAUUCUGAAUUUGAUUGGUGGAAUGGGGACUGCCGUGGACAAAUCAGAGAGGCGAGGCAGAAAAAGGCGUAGAAACUAUGUUCAGAAUGAUCAGAUGGAUCCGAAUGGGAAGAAACGGGCUAUAGCGUUGAGGCCUACGGCAUUUUUGGGAAGAUAUGUUAGGAAGGAGUUUAAGGGCAGUGGGAUAUACAUAGGGAAGAUCAUAUCUUAUGAUACUGGUUUGUAUAAGAUUAUUUAUGAGGAUGGAGAUUUUGAAGAUAUGGAUAGCAAUGAAGUGAGGGCGGUUGUCUUUGAAGAUGAUGAGUUGAAAGGUCAAUGGUUGAAAAGAAAGAAGAAGCUAGACAAAUUAGUAGCCAGUAUGGAGGCAACGAGUAUUAAGUCUCAUGUUAAGUAUCCAGCUGAGGCAGUUAACGGCCUAAUUGAUAGGUCUGAAGCGUCAGUUUCAAAAGAUCUGGACAUAGGUUGUUCAGAUAAACUUGAGGUCAACCAACUGGGACAUGAUUCUGAUUUGGUGAGUGAUUUGUCUGAAGGUUAUAUGGAGCAGUAUUUGAGUUCAGAGGUAGAAGUGCCUCUAUUUCCUGCACCUCAGUUGCCUCCUUCAUCCGACAGUAUUGGUAUUCCGGAGGAGUACAUAUCAUACCUCUUGUCUGUCUAUACAUUUUUACGGUCGUUUAGUAUCAGAUUGUUUUUAUGUCCGUUUGGACUUGAGGAUUUUGUUGGAGCACUCAACUGCUCUGCUCCAAACACAUUGUUCGACUCUGUUCAUGUUACCCUUAUGUGUGCUUUGAGGCGCCACCUCAACAAGCUGUCAUCUGAUGAUUCUGUGCUUGCAUCAAAGUGCCUAAGGGGCAUUGAUUGGGACUUGCUUGAUACAAUGACUUGGCCAGUGUAUCUAGUUCAUUAUUUAACAGUAAUGGGAUACACAGCAGAGCCUGGUUGGAAAGGUUUUUAUCCCCAUACUUUGCAGAGGGAAUAUUAUUUGUUAUCUGCUGGCAGGAAAAUCAUGGUUUUGCAGAUUUUGUGUGAUGAUGUUCUAGAUUCUGAAGAACUAAGAGCAGAAAUUGACAUGCGUGAAAAAUCAAAGGUAGGUAUUGAGUCAGAUAUAAAUACAGGUGUUGCUUCUGUCAGUGCACCAAGAAUAGUUCAUCCCAGAUAUGCUAAAACUUCUGCCUGUAAGGAACAAGAAGCAAUCGAUCUCUAUAAAGAAAAUCAUGAAAGAAAGCAGUGUUGUAAUACUGAUAGUUUAGGACCCAAGGUUAGUAGCCAAGAUUAUCUCUCUGGUGUAGAUCAAAACAGUAACAGUGAUGAAUGCUGUCUCUGCGGCAUGGAAGGAACUUUGCUUUGCUGUGAUGGGUGUCCAUCGUCUUACCAUGCAAGGUGCAUUGGAGUUAGCAAGAUGCAUAUACCAGAAGGAGCAUGGUAUUGUCCUGAGUGUAGAAUCAACGAAAUUGAACCAAAAAUUAUGAGGGGAACAACUCUGAAAGGAGCAGAGCUUUUUGGUGUUGAUUCCUAUGGACAAAUCUUCAUGGGUACUUGCAGUCAUUUGCUUGUGUUGAAGGCCUUGGCUGGCGCAGACUCUAUUUCCAGAUACUACAACGAGAAUGACAUUCCCAGAGUCCUGCAAGCACUUAAUGCAAAAGUGCAGCACAGUAUGUUAUAUCUGGAAAUAUGCAAAGGAAUAAUGCAAUACUGGAAAAUUCCUGGCACUGUCUCUUUCCCUGAUGGUGAACUGUGUGAAAUUGGUUCCGACAGACCAAAUGCAACAAAAUGUACUAGUUUCUCUACAUUGUCACCUACUUCAUUGGUCAAGGGAAGUCCUGAGAGAGAGAUUACUGGAACUUGUGUUACUGAAUUCGGUUCGGAAGAUGCUUCUAUAAUUGAUUUAUCAAAGGAACCUAUGCUCAAUGCGACUUUGGGUGCAGUUAUCCAACCUGAUGGUAUUUGUUACCAAGUGAAUAGUGAUUCUAUGGCAAGACAGAGUAAAGCACCUAUAGACUUGCUACCAUCUGAACAAGUUGGAGUGAAAUAUAUUGUACCUGCUGGUCCAAUUGGUCAGCAGGUCAUUCCAUCUGAGACUCAACAAGACGACACAAAGUUGGUAGAAAUUGCUACUUGUUCCUCAAGAAGCAGUAGCAACUAUGUGGAACAAGUUAAUAGUAACUUUUCUGGAAUUGCAGUGUCUCUUGAAUGUGAAAGGGAUUGUGGCAGAUCCAGCAGAAUAGGUUACAGAGAACCCACUGGUGGCUGUUUGUACAUGGGAUCAUCCUUUAGACCUCAACGAUACAUAAAUAGUUAUCUGCAUGGAGAUUUUGCUGCAUCUGCUGCUGCAAAUCUAGCUGAACUUUCUCUAGGAGAAAACCAAGGUACUGAGAGUCAUGCUUCAGACAAUAGGCAGAAAUUUUCUGCUAAUGUUUUACUUCAAGCAAAAGCUUUCUCAUCAGCAGCGACACGCUUUUUCUGGCCGAAUACUGAAAAGAAGGUUGUGGAAGUACCAAGGGAAAGAUGUAGUUGGUGUCUUAAUUGUAAGGCUGCUGUGACUAGUAAGAAAGGAUGCUUGUUAAAUGCUGCAGCAUCAAAUGCCACUAAGGGGGUAGUGAAGAUACUUCCUGGUCUUGGUUCUGCAAGUGUUGGGGAGGGAAAUCUACGUGGUAUUGCCUCAUAUAUUAUAUUGAUGGAGGAGAGCUUAUGUGGUCUGACAAUUGGUCCUUUUCUAAGUAUAGCUUUUAGAAAACAAUGGCGUAAACAGGCAGAAGAAGCUACUAGUUACACUGUGAUAAAGUCUCUUCUGCUUAAAUUUGAGGAGAAUAUCCGCUUUGUUGCUCUUUCUGAGGACUGGUUUAAGCUUGUUGAUGGUGGGGCAUCUGAAUCUCCCAUCACUCAUUUAACUGCUGGUGUUGUGGAAUCAUCUCAUAAGCAUAAGUUAGGAAGGCGGGGUAGGAAACCAUCGUCAAUGGUUAAAAUAACUGCUGAUGAUGAUUGCAAAAAUAAACUGAAGGACUUCACUUGGUGGAGAGGAGGCAUACUCUCCAAGCUUCUCUUCCAGAAAGCGACUCUACCCCGAUCAAUGUUGAAGAAAGCAGCGCGUCAUGCAGGUGGUCUGAGAAACAUACCUGCUAUUUAUUAUGCUGAAGGGUCCAAGACUGCCAAAAUAAGCAGGCAGCUUGCUUGGCGAGCUGCAGUUGAUGUGUGUAAAACAAUAUCACAACUUGCACUUCAGAUCAGGUACCUAGAUAUGCAUGUGAGAUGGAGUGAUCUUGUUAGUCCUGAACAGAGCCUCCUGGAUGGAAAAGGUCCCGAGUCAGAAGCAUCUUCCUUUAGAAAUGCUUCCAUAUGCCAUAAAAGAAUUGUUGGAAAUGAGGUUAGAUAUAGUGUUGCUUUUGGAUAUCAGAAGCAUCUCCCAGCUCGUGUCAAGAAGAGUAUAAUAGAAGUAGAGCAAAGUCAGGAGGAGGGAAAGGAAAAGUAUUGGUUUUCUGAGUCACGGAUUCCUUUGUAUUUAAUAAGAAAUUAUGAAGAAAAUUUGGAAAAAGAUCUCCCCUCAGCCAACAAGUUCGCUAAUGCACUUCCAAAGUUGCAUAAAAGGUGCUUGGUGGCUUCUUGUAAAGAUAUAUUCUCUUAUCUUGCACAGAAGAGAGAUGGCAAUGCUAAACAUUGUUGUGCUUCAUGUGAAGAGGAUGUGUUACUUAGGAAUGCAGUCAAGUGCAAUACAUGCCAAGGUCUAUGUCACAAGCAAUGUACAAUUAGUUCAACAGUUAUUGCUAAUGAGGAGACUGAGUUUAUGACCUCCUGCAAACAGUGUUACCAAAAUAGGUCUUUAACACAAGCUGAAAGAAGUCAUGAAUCUCCAACUAGUCCUUUGCUCAUGCAAGGAAAAGACAUUCCAAUUCCCAUGUCAGCCAGAAAAGGAGGAAAAGUUGGUAAUUCUAGUAAACCAUCUGCAUCCACUGCGACUCUAAAGCAUUCUUCUAAGGUGAAGCAUGCUGGUUCAAAUUUGGUGCGAUGGAAGCACCACUGGGGUGUUAUUUGGAGAAAGAAUAACGAGGAUACUGGUGAUUUUAGAUUUAAACACAUUCUUCUGAGGGGAAAUCCAGAUUGUGAUUCGGUAAGACCUAGUUGCCGCCUUUGCUGUAAGCCAUAUGAUCCUUAUCUAAUGUACAUCCGUUGUGAAACAUGCACAUAUUGGUACCACGCUGAAGCUGUUGAACUUGAGGAGUCAAAGAUUUCUGAAGUGAUGGGAUUCAAAUGUUGCAAGUGUCGUAGGAUUAGAAUGCCCAUCUGCCCUUACUUAGAUCCAAAAAGUAAAAGACAAUUAGAGGAAAAGAGGAUGAGCGCAAGGGCUUCAAAGAUGGAUAGACGGGGAAUUGAGCCUGAUUCUGGGUUCAUUUCGGAGCUACAGAAAGAUGAGGAUCCGGCCACUCCAGCUUUAGAGGAUAAUAAGCCUCUUGUUUCUUCUUUUGAAGAAUUCACUGAGCACUUCCCAGUGGGUGAUUGUGAACGGAAUGUGGAAACUAUGUCUCUGCCAGGUCAAAGAGAACAGUCAGUCAGAACUCAUAUAGAGAAUGAGACUGAUUUGAAAUCUUCUUCUAAGUUAUCCAUUCCUCUUGGAGGAAACACAGUGUUUCCAAAAGAAGAAAUGCCAACUCAUGUUGAACCGGGUGCUAAACAGCCAGUAAGAAGACAUGUAAGACUUGAGAAGGAUUCAGAUACCCCUUUUGCAAACAAUCCCUUGAAUGUUGAUUUAUCCACCCCUUCUAUAGCUGAAGUGGAUACUUCAAGGGAAAGUUCCGAUGAAUAUGGUCAUGGAUGCAAGCAUAUGGAGUUUGAGCCUCAGACCUGUUUCUCUUUUAAUGAAUUACUUACAUCUGAUGAUCUUGGCCCAUUGGAUGGAGUUGACUCGUCUGCCACUUUAAACAAGGAUGUUGAAACAUCAUCAAGGUUUCUACCUGAUAAGAAUGCUGAUACGUCUUAUGUCAAGGACGAGCCUGCAAUUAGCACAAUAUCUACUGCUGCUUUUGCAGUUCCAUGUAAGAUGUGUUCACGUAAAGAACCAUGCCCUGAUCUUUGUUGUGAAACAUGUGAAAUAUGGAUCCACCGUCAUUGUUCACCUUGGAAUGACGAGGAGUCUGGAGAAGAUGAUUGGAAAUGCGGCAACUGUAGGGAAUGGAGAUAAUUGAUGCUUAAGCACUAUUUAGGGUGGUGCAUCUUGGGCAUACAUAAUGGCUGAUUGAAGGGGCUCAUCAAUGCUCUACUUUUCAUCAUAAUAGGAGAAUGAAUCAAAAUGAGCAAGCCACUCGUGAUGUCUGCCAAGUAAAUUAGUCACCUACAAAUUGAUUGGUUUUGCAUUGUGGUUGGUAUCACUAAGGUUUAAUUUCCCCAUGACACAGGAGUAAUUGAGUUGAUUCAGAAAAACUUAUCAUGCACAGGUUCUUAUAGAAAGGAUUAUUAGGAGGUUGUGCUACUUUGCUCCAGCCUCGACGGAUGAGCAACCUUUCUCAUUGGUGCUUAUCUGAUAUUUUUAACUGUAAACAGAGGGGCUUCAGUUACCAAUUCUUUUCUUUAUUUUUUAGACAUCACCGAAAGAACUAAUGGUUUAAAUAGAAAGAAGAAGCUUAUGAUGGAUAGGAUUUAUGUUCUUGAUUGCAUAUGAUUUACCAGUCGAGUGAUCUCAUCUUCCAUCUAUCACAAGCCUUCCUUGCAAUUAUAUACCAACUUUGCUAGAACUGAAAAUACAAAUCUUGAACCUGCUUCUGGAUUUAACGAGAAAACCAGAUGGUAAUGUGAUCAAUUACAUCGUUCUGUAUACAUGUUUCUAGUUUUGUAAAGACACAAGUUCGAGC